GCGGCGCUUGUCGGCGGCGGGGCCGGUGGCGGAGGCGGCGGGUCGGCCAUGCUGCUCACCGUGUUCUGCCUGCGCCGCGACCGCAGCGAGCUCACUUUCUCCCUUCAAGUGGACGCCGACUUCGAACUUCAAAACUUCCGGGCUCUCUGCGAACUGGAGUCUGGUAUCCCGGCGGCCGAGAGCCAGAUCGUUUAUGCCGAGCAGCCCCUCACUGACAACAACAGAUCUUUGGCUUCCUAUGGCUUGAAAGAUGGGGAUGUGGUGAUUUUGAGGCAAAAAGAGACCGUAGAGCCUCGACCCUCCGUCCGCUUCCAAGGUUUACCCAAGAUAGACUUCAGCAGCAUUGCUGUCCCUGGGACAUCCAGCCAGCAGCACCCCCCAGCACCACCCCAGCGUCCCCGUCCCUCUCCUCCGGAUGCUCCCUCCUUCCCUCAGGCUCUGGAUAACCCAGCACUGCUGCGGGAGAUGCUGCUGGCCAACCCCCACGAGCUGUCCCUGCUGAAGGAACGCAACCCCCCCCUGGCAGAGGCCUUGCUCAGUGGAGACCUGGAGAAAUUCACCAGGGUGUUGCUGGAGCAACAGCAGGACCGAGCCAGGAGGGAGCAAGAGAGGAUCCGACUCUAUUCAGCUGAUCCUUUUGAUCUUGAGGCACAGGCCAAGAUAGAAGAAGACAUCAGGCAACAAAACAUUGAAGAAAAUAUGACGAUAGCAAUGGAAGAGGCCCCUGAGAGUUUUGGGCAGGUGGUGAUGCUGUACAUUAACUGCAAAGUCAAUGGACACCCAGUGAAAGCCUUUGUUGACUCAGGUGCCCAGAUGACCAUCAUGAGCCAAGCUUGUGCUGAAAGGUGCAACAUCAUGAGGCUGGUGGAUCGGCGGUGGGCUGGCAUUGCUAAAGGUGUAGGGACACAGAAAAUAAUUGGCAGAGUGCACUUAGCUCAGGUGCAGAUUGAAGGGGAUUUCUUGGCAUGUUCCUUCUCAAUCCUUGAAGAGCAGCCCAUGGACAUGCUUCUGGGACUGGAUAUGCUGAAGAGGCAUCAGUGUUCAAUUGAUCUCAAGAAGAAUGUCCUAGUGAUUGGCACCACUGGCUCCCAGACCACCUUCCUCCCAGAGGGCGAGCUCCCGGAAUGUGCCCGGCUGGCGUACGGAGCCGGGCGGGAGGAGGCGAGGCCAGAGGAGAUUGCAGACUGGGAACUAGCAGAAGCAAUACAGAAAUCCGUAGAGGAAGCAGAACGUCAGAAGCCUUGAUGCAUGUAGUGUGUGUUUACUGCAGCUGGAGUGGGCCACAGACCAGAGAAUAGUGACAAAGAAACUACCUCACUGGAAAUGCCCUCAUUACCAGCUUCUGAUGGGUUUCAAAAUCCAGUCCAGUCUUCAGGACUAAAUUCCAAGAUCUGUAAUCCCACAAAUCAAUUACUUGAUCGUUCUGUCUCUGCCCCUGCUUCAAUUUGCUCAUCUGAAUCCAGCCUCCCAGAGCCCAUUGAUCCCAGAGCCGUCAGCAAUUUUGAGUCUCCAACUGAAUGCCAGAUUACCCCAGAAAAAGAACAUCCUCUCUUACUACAGCAUCUUUCCAGUAACACUUCCUUGGCAAAUAAAGACCCUUCUCCCCAGACAGGGGAGGUAACCUGUCACAAUCCAGCUUGCCUUUCACAGAAGACACUCAAAGAAACAUUUAUUGCUGACAGUCUAAAGGAAUGUAAUGCUGAAGAACAAGGCUGUGGUCAGGAACAUCCUUUGGAAGUGACAGAAGGCAACAGUUUGGCUGACACUGCAGCUGAGCACGGGCAAAAUAAAGAUGGAUGUCUGUCUUUAGAAGAGAAGCAAAAGCAUGAGCUUCCCAUAGACCACCAGGCCUGCAAAGAACCAGAAAAGGAGCAUCUGGAGAAGCAAACUGAGACAACUGACCCAGAAACUCCUUGCCAUAAUGAUGUGGUUCAGCAACCUGUUGCAGAAGUCAGCCAGCCAGAAAAUCCUCCUCCAGAAACAAGAGGAGAGGGGCAGGAGAAAGCAGGUCUUUUGAGUAGCCAGAUAUCAGCCUCCUGUAGCUGUGCACAUCUGGAAACCUUCAUGGAAGUUGAUGCAGUUGAGCAGCCUGUAGCUGAAGUGCACAGCUCAGCAAGUGAGGCUGAGAACAGAAGUGUGGCUGACCUGAACUUGGAUGCUUUUUCCAUGGAGGUGGAGUUGCUGAAGUCUGCAUCCCCCUCGAGUGAUCUGCUUUCCACUGGUGAUGUCCCACAGUCUAAAAGCACGAGUGAAAUUCCUGCAAAGUCUAAUGAGGUGUCUGAAGACAGCUCUUCCCCCUCCAGAGUCCUUCAGCUGGACACGGAUCCAGGAAGACCUUCAGAAGAAUCAUGUUUCUCUCUAGCAUCAUCCUUGAAAGAGCUGCACAAACUCCUGAUUAUCAGUCGGAGAGGAGGAUGUAAAAUCCUUGCCUCUGAAGAAGUCUCUCAGCUAGAAAUGGUUCACAAAGAGCCAGCAACACCACAGAAUGGGCUUUCUGAUGAUGAGCAGAAAGGCUCAGAUCCAGCCAGCCAGGAACAGAGCUGUUCCUUCUGUGAGGAGAGGUGUGAAGGUGGAAAAGCAGAAGGGAAACAUCCUUGUGAUUCUGGCAUAGAAGAAGUCAGCCCUGGGUCUGCCAGCCACGUGCAGUCAGGUCUUGGAGAAGGUGCUUUAGAGAGUCAGAAGUUUUCAGGUAAGAGUGAUGAGGUUAUGGUGAGUUCUGCAGCAACAUCUGACCAGAAACAGAGCUCUGAGCAGGCAAAGGUUUUGGCAGAAGGUUAUUUGAAUCCAACGAGUCCUACUUCAGAACAAAACACCUCUGUUUGCUCUACACAUGCUUUGGCUCAAGGUGCACCUCAAGAAACUUGGAGCCUGUUUCCAGAAGCAUCUGGGAGAAGCAGUGGUGCUGCUUCUGAAGGUCCAUGUGAACAACCACUGCUGAGCCCACCAGCUGCCUGUCCUGGACUUGCCUCAGGUGCUUCUCCACCACCUGCUUUCCCUGCAGCUGAUGUUGAUCGGAUCCUUGGUGCUGGUUUUACCACACGGGAAGCUCUUGAGGCUUUGGAACAAGCAGAUGGAAAUGCAGAUCUUGCUCUUCUCAUUUUGUUAGCCAAGGGUAUCAUUGUUCCUACAUAACUACAGAAGAGGUAGCUGACUUGGGGAUGUCUUUUCUUUUAAAGGACAUAUCUAAAUUAUACAGCAUAAUGUACAAGCAGAAUGUCAAGCCAGAUUUUUUUUUUAAUUAUUUGCAGCCAAAGUAACUUGUCUUUUCUGUUCCACUCAUUAGAUUUGGCCUUUUAAAAGGAAAAAAAAAAAAAAAAACCAAACACAUCUUAGCAUUGUGUGGACAGGAUAGCUUCUAAUGAUGCCUACUGGAUAAAAAAAAGUAUUGCUUUUAUUUAAAUGUACAAUUUUACAAUAAGCUCCAAUGUUAACAAAUAAAAAGAAAAAUCAGAAGCCAUUCAGCUCACCACCCUGUCCAGCCCAAAGCAGAUUCUGAAGUUGUUGACCCCCCAGGGGCGUGUACGGGGCACUUGUCCCGAGGGACUCUCUGGAUGUGUUUUAGCUUUGGAUAACCCACUGUCCAUCCGUGGCACUGAUGAAACUUAUUUUGGCAGCUACUCCAGGUGUGUAGGUGCCCACAGACGUGUAACACGUGGCAAGAGGAGUGAGGGGUGGAGGCAGGGGGUGCUUUGGGAGCGUGUGUGCACGGCUCGUGCCUGGUUUUGCCAAACCCUUUUUAUGCUCUUGGGCCAACGUGUUCAAGUUUACAACACGGGGAUAGAAGAAGGGAAAGGGAUAGAAUUUGGUGCUACCAAAACUUGAGAUGUUUUAACUUAUUUGAAGAUGUGCUGGUAUUAAUUGGAGGGAGGGAAGGGGAGGGAGGGGAAGGGAGUAUUUUACUUUUUUUUUUUUCCUAGCCUUGGCCACAUCAUAUUUCCCCCAUACAAAAGAACAAACUCAACCACUUUAAGGCAAAAGCUUAACUAUGAAAUGGUUUUAACCAACCAAUCAUGCUCUUAAUCCCCCCUCUGCCUGGGGAAGAAUGAACUGUUUCAGUGGAUGCAUUCCCUAUGCACUGAGCGGGGAUGUGAUCAGAAGGAUGAAGAAAUCUGCUUUGCACUCAUUUCUCUCCAUGGUUGGGGAUGGUCAGCUUCUCAGCUGUGGAAAUGCAAACUGCAGACAGCCCACAGGGGCCAGUGGGGUACUAAUUUAAUACCUCCAAAUGAGCCAGAGCUCCCCAAUAGGGUUUAUGAAACAAAUGCACUGACAUGGCUCCUGCAUUAUAACCAUCGUGGCCUUCUGGGAAGUCCCUGGUGAAUAACCUGUAUGGUGAGGACUCACCGAGGCUGGGCUGUAAGAAGCCCUUUCCAGAUGCUUUUAUUUUGGGGAUGAACUGUUUUGUGAUGCUCUGCAGACCCUCAAAACACUGUUGAGGCUAGGGAGGGGCAAGUCAAGCGUGGCUGAAUUGUGAUACCAAAUUUGAAGUAGGAACUUUUACUUAGUCCCACUUGCAAAUCUUUGAAGUGGUUUUGUAUCAAGUGUUGAUCUUGAACUUUCUGCUUUGAGCUAAACCUGGAGUGAUGGCUCAGCAGUGUCUGGAAACAUGAUUUUGUUCAUGGCUUUCAUUUGUCAUUAUCAUUGUCUCAGGCCUGUGUUCCUGGUGUUCUGUUUUCCCUGUUGCUUUAGCUGUUCUACCUAUGUGUACGUUAGGCUUUUUUUUUUUUUAAUGCAGGGUGGCAUUUAAAACCAACACAGAAUUGGUUUUAUUUGUCACAUUGCAGGAGUUUCUGAUGUCAGUGAGCUGUGGUUGUCAGGUUUAUCUUAGAUGCUGCCCAGACAGGAGAUCCUUUAGAAUAAUGAAGAGCUUUAAGGCAUUCCUCUGUCUAUCAAACAGAGCUUCUGCAUGAGGUGUGAAGGUACCAGCCAGGGCUGGGUUUGGCACAUUUGGCUCAUUUCUCACUGUGUGUGAUGCUGGCAGCAGGCAUUGCUCUGUGUCUCUGUAGGAAGCAGUUCCUGGCUGGUUGGGAACCUCUUGUUCCUGAAGCAGAAUCAAGUAAUUCACUUGAGUUUCUGUUCAAAAUGAGUGACUGAAACAAGACUCCAGUUUAAUGAUUUUUACCAGGCAGGUGAUCAGUUAUCAGAUCAGUUGUCAGAAAUAUUUUAGAUUUUCUCCUUACACCUCAGAUCAGCAGAACACCCCUCUGUACAACACUUGGGCUGCCACAGGAGGAGAGUCAUCAGAUGUCUCUGUAGAACCCUUAGAAAGUGAGAUACAUCAAACCCAUCCCCAUCUGCAUUGGGUUCACUAUCAAAAGCAGCAACAAGAAUGAAGCUCCCAGCUCUCAGAUCCAGAGCAUCCUCAGUCUAAACAGCUGAAUCUGCCCCCAGCUCACACCACAGGUCUCAGUGGGAUGGUCCUGGGAGUAAACCCCUACCUGGUGUGCAUACACCAGCUGCAGGUUGGUCCUCUUGGAUGCACAAGAGCUGAAUGUACACCCUUGGCCUGCAGGUUCAUCUCUUGCAGCUUCUGGAAGCAUCAGGUGUUGGCCACUCAGUGUCAGACCCUUUUUGUAUUUAUGCUUUGUGUAUUUGGAGGCAAUUGCUGAUAGGUAAAGUGCUGCUGCUUUGCACCAAACUGGUUAAAGGCUCUAGUUUUAUGGCCACGUUUACUUAGACCACAUUAUACUGAAUUUAUGUUAUGAAAACUUUGGGGUAUCAGCCAAGUUGCUUCAAUGCUCAGUUUUAUUCUUUGUCAAGUAUAGUUUCUGAAAUCUGCCCUACUGCCAAAGCUGUGCUGAAGCAUUUAUCAAUAGUACUAGAAUUUCCUGGGCAACUCUCUCUGAACUGCUAGAAACAAAGUCUGACCCCCAGCUGAAAAUUACUUUUAAAACUAUUUUACCAAGUUGGUCCAAGCCUGGUGAUUUAAAUCUCUUCAUUUCAGAGCCUUGCUUUGAGUGAAUGGCUACGAGCUGCUAAAUUAGAGAAUAAUUUUUUUUAGGAGCAAGAUUUAUGUUGGAGAAAAAUCUGGGCAGUGGUAUUUAAGAUUAAAAUAAAAUGUAAUAGAAAAAGUAUUUAGCAAAUGCUGUCUAAAAUUUGUCUUCUGUUUUAAUGUGCUUGUGUGUCCUUUCUGCUCUGUGUGCACAUCCUUUCCUCAGCCUUUGGCAAUCCCUCAACUGGUUUUGGUGCUUACCUGGCCCACCAAGUGGGGAUACUUCUAUUUAAGCAGACUGCUACAGCUUGUUGGUCAGAGCUGGGAAUAAAGUCAACACCAAAAGCUGUUCAGGUUUCCAAGGAACUGGACUCUUCAUGCUCAUCCUCAUUAAUCACUGCUCCAAUGUACUAAUGUCACAUCAGCUUAGCAAAAUGAUUUCAGGGUGAAAAGUCAAUCUGUAGAGAAUAAAGCAACACUUGGAAGUGGCUUCAUGAAGAUGCCAGCACCUGUGGGGACCUUUUUGGGUCUGUAGAGGUUGUUCUGGGUGUCUCCUGAAGCCACUGUGGUCAUGUCCCUUGCUGUUGGCUUCUGGGCUGUUCUCUUUUCCUUGGAGAUCCUGCAGGAAUUUACUCUGCCUCUCGCUGAAUGUGUUUCUGUACCUGAGGCUCUGGGCAAGUGUAGAGGUGAUGGUUAGUGAAAUACAAACAUCUGAAACUUAGCUGGCCACAGAUAAUUCUGACAAGAGGAGGAAAUAUUUCCUGGUGAUGGUUCCUGGCAUGUUUACCUGCUGCUGGGCAGAGUUGAGCUGUGCUGCAGUGUUGUGACAAUCUGCCUUGUUGCUUUGUACAUCAACUUUCUACGUAGACUCUUGGUCUCCAGGACUGUUAACCUUGUACUACCUAGAUAUGUUCCUUUCUUUCUGUCUUUGUCUCUCCUCCUUGCUGUCUCUUUUCCUCAAAUGUAGCAAUAUUGAAGUGUACUUGCUGACUGCUUUAACUUCCAGAUAAGUUUUAUUUAAAACACUAUGCCAUUUACAAAUGAAAGGAGGAGCAGGUCCUAGAGGUUUCUUCACCAGACUUGGACUUCUUGCUGAACAGCUCCCAGAUCUCUUAAUGUGAAUUCAAAGAGGAGAAAUCAAGAGGUAUUUUGACUCUCUCAGAAGUCAGCUUGGGAAAUGGGGUCGGUUUCCUGUACAUCAUUCCCUUCUGAAGCAUUCAAGAGAUUUCUUCCUGCACUGUGUAGACGUAGCUUAGGCCGUGAUCCAAAUGCACAGCAGUUUGGGUUACUCUUUGACUGAUGCUUUUUUAGCUUAAGAGUUUUACAAACUCAUUUAAGGAACUUGAGGGAAUCAAUACUCAGGAAUCCUAAAGCUGGUUGCAUUUGUGUCAUUUACUCUUCUGGGCUGAACAUACAGUGGUUGUCCUUGCAGGUGGCUGAAGGGAGGAGUGGUUGUGUCAUCAGAGAAUGGGAUGUGGUUCUGCCCAAAGUAAUACACACUUGAUUCUUUUUUCUUUUUUAUUUUUUAUUUUUUAAAAAUUUUUUUUAAUAUUGGGGGACUGUUUAUCAACAAAAUUGAUGUGUAAAAAAAUUUGAUAUUUAAAAAAAAUUAAUAAACACUUUAUCAUAA